GGGAUAAUGUGACUGAGCUGCCCUACGGUGAGGUAGAAAUGGCGCCCACGAAGAGGAAGGCGCUGAGCAACCACCCCCAAGAAAUGAAGCGAAGGCGAAGCGUGGAGAAAAGUACUGACCCUGCAUUGCGGCAGACUGCUCCUUUGGCUAACGGCCGGCGGAAAGUGUCUUCACCCGAGCUUGAGUCCAGCUCUUCAAGUUCGAUGGGAGAGGAAAAAGAGGAAAGCGAACCCGAGAGCUCAGAGGAGCCAGCUCAGUCCGGAAGCUCAGGUGGUGGCGAGGAGAGUGAUGAUAAUGGCCGCCAGAGCAGCGAGGAGACAAUCAGCGGUGAUGUCUCUGGGGCAUCAUCCGGUGAUGACGAAAAGAGGUCUAUGGCGACCAGCGAUUCUGAGGAGGGUUCAGGCCAGUCUAGUGAAACAGGCUCAGAGCCCGAAAAAGGGCUGGCUGAGAAACGAGAGGCCCUAGCGGCGGCGCUGGCGGCUGCACAAGUGGUGAUGAAAGCUGACGUCAAGGCAGGGGCGGAGAUCCUGAAAGCGGCCUCGAGGCUCGCUGAGGAGAUUGACGGGAUGGAGCAAAAGGAAGAGACCAGUGGAAGCUCGGACAAUGACGAAGUCGAAGGGGCUGAUGCUGUAUCAGAGUCCAGUCAAGAGGAAGCAUCGUACUCUGAGUCAGGGUCAAUUGAAAAGAGUGAAGCUAGUGAGAGUGGUGAUUCGGAAGCGACCGAUGGGGAGACGAGCUCUGGGGAGGCAUCUGAUGAGGACGGUUCAGAUGGUUCGGAGAACUCAAAGAACCCAAGGAAUCUGGCGAGCGAGUUUGAGAGGGCGAAUACUGAUGAUGAGGAAAGCAGCAGCGGAGAAGAGUCAGAUGAGGACAAAAGCGAGGACCUGGUUGAGAGGACGGAAGAUUCUGAUGCCGAAUCCAGCGGGUCGGAAGGAAGUGAAGUUUCGGAGGAAAAAGCAUCUGACAGGGAGAAGCGCGCAGCCGGAGAGAGCCGCACUUCAGAGGACGAAAUGUCAGAGGAAGCGGAAGGGUCUGACGACAGUGAAGCUUCAGAAACAUCUCACGAAGGAAGCUCAGACAAAGAGGACGAGUCUAAUGCUAGCGAAAGCUUGCGAGCGUCAGCCGAGUCUGAUGAAGAGGGCGAUAAGGGGUCUGAGAGUGGGGACGAGAGCAAUGGGGAGUCUGGGGGCUCUGAUGAGGAGGGUCACGGGGCCGCAAAGGGAGCCUUGAAUGGUGGGGGGGAGAAGGGAGCCCUGGAGCUUGGGAAGCGGAAGGAGAGGGAUACAAUGGAUGGGGAGACCAGGGCUGGACAGGUGGAUCCGAAGCGCGUGUACGUCGGGGGCAUGCCGUUUACAACGACUGAGGACGACAUUCACCAGUACUUUGGCGAGUGCGGCACGAUCGCAGACCUGGACUUCUGCACGUUUCCGGACACGGGCAAUUUCAACGGGAUCUGCUUCAUCACCUUCAAGACUGAGGUGGCUGCGAAGAGGGCGCAAGCGUUGGACGGAGCCGAAAUGGGCGGGCGGUUUCUGAAGGUCGCCCCGUGCAAGCCCAAGACGGCUCCGGCGGACGCCAAGAAGCCCCGAUUCGAGGAGCCCCCCCCGCGGGCGCCCGGCUCGUUGCGCGCGUACAUCGGCAACCUCGACUGGGGCAUCGAUGAGGCGAUCCUGCGGGACUUUUUCUCGGGGUGCAACAUCCGGGCGGUCAAGUGGGCGGAGGACAAGGACACCGGGCAGUUCAAGGGGUACGGCCACGUGGAUUUCGAGGAUGAAUCAUCGUUAGAGAAAGCGGUUAAAAAGAACCAGGAGCUGUGCCUCGGGCGCCCGAUGAAGGUGGCGUACGCGGUGGCGUACGCGGUGGCGAGCAAAGGGGGGGUCCCUGGGGCGGGGCCUGCGGGGGGGGAGAAAACGAAGGGCGGGUGUUUUGUGUGCGGGGGGGAGGGGCACCGCUCGUUCGAGUGCCCGGAGAAACCCCCCGGGGGAAAGGGGCCGGCGAAGGGGUCGCAAGCGUGCUUUGUGUGCGGGGAAGAAGGGCACAAGUCAUUUGAAUGCCCAACGAAGAAAGGCGGGAAGAAAGCGAGGGCUAGCGCGGAACCCGAGGCGGCACCGGACGAUAACCAUGUGGUUGAGACGGAAGUGAAACCGGUGGGAGAGGGGUGUUUCGUCUGUGGCCAGGAAGGGCACCGGUCGUUUGAGUGCCCGGUUAAGAUGGGCAGGGCUGCGGCCCCGGUACAAACCGCCGGGGAGACGUGCUUCGAGUGCGGACAGGCCGGACACAAAUCGUACCAGUGUCCGCAAAAGAAGGCGAAGAGCGGCCGUAGCGGUAUCCAAAGUGAGGGGCAGAGUAACGACGACACGUGCUUUGAGUGCGGACAGGUCGGACACAAAUCGUACCAGUGUCCGCAAAAGAAGGAGAAGAGCGGCCGAAGCGCGCGCGAAAGUGGGAGGCAAGGUGAUGACGACACGUGUUUCGUGUGUGGGGAGGUGGGGCACAAAUCGUAUCAAUGUCCGUCCAAGGGGGCCGGAAAGCCAGCGGAAAAGGGAGGCGGGGAGCGGAACGCUAAGGUGGAUAAGAGCAGUGACGCGUGCUUCGUGUGCGGACAAGAGGGGCAUAAGUCGUACCAGUGCCCGCAGAAAGAGAAGAAGGUGGCGGGGACUGCAGAGCAGGUUUUGGCUCCAGUAGAACAGAUGGAGUCGAGACAAGACAGAGAAGUGAACGGGGUGAAGCUGGAUAAGAGCGUCGAUGCAUGCUUCGUCUGUGGAAAGCCGGGGCAUAAGUCGUUCCAAUGCCCUUUGAAGCCAAAACGUGAACGGAAGACUUGAUGGAGAGCACUGCAUACAGGACAGCCGGUAGCAUGCGAGAUACACUGUCACCUGAACCCCCUUAAGCAGUCUGAAUCUCCUUUUUCCAUCGAGUCGGCCGGAUCCAAGCUUGUCAGCUUUAGACGUCUUCAAGUUUUGAUCAGUGGCAAAAAUAGAAACACGUCAAUCACUUAAACUUGUUUUUCGUCGUCGCACAAUCUUUGAAUCUUGGCACAG